UGCAGCGGGAGCCGCAGGCAUCCGCGAGCGAUUGAGCCCGAGAGCAUCAGAGCCCGCGAACGCUGUCGAUAAGCUGCGACUCACUUUCUGCGAGUUCGAGCCGCAGACGGGCGGUCGAACGGAGGCGCUCGCAGACUGAGCUGUUCACCAGAAAGAAUAUGGCCACAGAGAAGCUGGCAGGAUUUCGGGAGAGGAUCCGAAGCGAGCUGGACCGAGCGGUGGACUUCUGGCUGAAGCAUUCGCACGACAAAGUCUACGGUGGGUUUUUCACCUGUAUAGGUAGAGAUGGAAAGGUUUAUGAUGAGCUGAAAUAUGUGUGGCUGCAGGGGAGACAGGUUUGGAUGUACUGUCGCUUGUACAGAACAGUGGAGAGAUUUCACAAGGAUGAAAUUCUGGAAGCUGCUAAAUCAGGUGGGGAGUUCCUGCGACGGUUUGCUUGGGUUCCCUCUGCUGGCAGCAUGGGGAAGUGCGCCUUCAGCCUGACUAGGGAUGGGCAGGCGGUGAAGGUGCAGCGGACUAUAUUUAGUGAGUGUUUCUAUGUUAUGGCGAUGGACGAGUUGGCCAGGGUCACUGGAGACCGUGAGAUGCAGGUGCAUGCUGAGACUGUGAUGGACCAGCUGGUUCACUGGGUACGAGUGGAUCCGUCAGGGCUGGGCAGGCCACAGCUGCCCGGAGACCUUCCUGUCAACAGUUUGGCUGUACCCAUGAUGCUCCUGUGCCUGGUGGAGCAGUUGGCUGAGGGCAGGGUGGAUGUGGCAGACAAAUACAGGGAGCUUGGCUCCUGGUGUGUCCAGCAGAUCCUUCAGCAUGUGCAGCGAGAUGGCACUGCCAUUUUGGAGAGUGUCUCCAACGACGGAAAGGAACUCCCUGGUUGUCAGGGGCGACUGCAGAAUCCAGGCCAUGCCUUGGAGGCAGGCUGGUUCCUACUCCAGUAUGCUGUUCAGCACGGGGAUAAGGAGCUGCAGAGGAUUGCCGUGGACAAGUUCAUGGAGAUCCCCUUCCGGACAGGUUGGGACCAGGAUCAUGGGGGAAUCUUCUACUUCUUGGAUGUGGAUGGCCUUUGCCCUACGCAGUUGGAGUGGAGCAUGAAGCUGUGGUGGCCACACUGCGAGGCUCUCGUCGCGUUCCUGAUGGCCUACAGCCUGAGCAGAGAGCCCACACUGCUGGAUAGGUUUACACAGGUGUAUGAUUACACCUUCAGUCAUUUUCCUGACAAGGAACAUGGCGAGUGGUUUGGAUAUCUGACUCGGCAGGGCUCUGUGGAACUUGACUUUAAAGGAGGUCCCUUUAAAGGAUUCUUCCAUGUGCCACGAUGCUUGUAUAUGUGCGAGAGGCUGCUGGACAGCCUCCUUGCAGCAGCUUGUGACUCCUGAUGGCUUCCCAGAAGCGACUGAUGGCGUUCACAUACUGAUGAGUUUAAAAUAUUCCUCUUGGGUGGGUAAUAAAUUGGGUGGAACUCUGAAAACUGUGUACCCAGAGAUCAGAAUUUUCUCAUGCAAAUGGUAUUCAUCCAGUUAAUUAAAUGUCUCAAUCUCUGGCAUUGUCAGAUUUGGUCUCAGUGAUGUUCUAAACUCCAGCUCACUGGCUGCCACUGCAUCUCUUUUGAGAAAGUAUUGUUGUUAUGUGAGUAAAGUAAACAGUAUUUUAAUCACAUUUUUCAGCCACCUCAAUUAGUGUUUGUUCACCUGUUUUUAUUAUUUAGAUUUUUGCCAUCACUGACAGCU